AUGACAUCCUGGGCGAAAAAAAGGGUUGCCGGCGGCAACAGGGCGCUCCUCAUCUCAGUAACCGAAUUCUACCCCGGGGUCCAGCUGCAACCUCGUAAGGGCGCUGACAAAGACGCCAAGAGGCUCCACAAGGUUCUGUCCCGGCUGGGCUUCAGGGUGGACAUUCGGACCUUCCUGACAGCAGAGGAGAUCUACCAGGCGUUCAAAGAAGCCAGUGAGGAAGCAGUGGCCGAUUGCUUCGUGGGGGUGCUGUCCAGCCACGGGGAGGAGGGAGUGGUGUUUGGAGCAGAUGGGAACGCAGUUAGCUUAGCGCGGAUCUUCAGCUGCUUCGGAGGGCCCACCAUGGCAGGGAAGACCAAGCUCUUCUUCAUACAGGCCUGCCGCGGGCACGAGCUGGACUGCGGGGUGGAGCUGCAGACCGACUCGGCCAGCGAGGAGGAAGACUGCCUCUCUCACUACCUCUCCAUCCCCAUAGACACUGCCGUCAUGUAUGCCACCGCCCCAGGUUACAGCGCCUUUAUGCACCUGCUGGGGUCAGUUUUCAUCCAGACUCUCUGUGACCUCCUGGAGGAAGAAGGGGGGCGGGACCUAGAGGUCACCCAGCUCAUGACCCGCCUCAACUACCGUGUGGCCUACCACUUCCAGGCCAGAGGUGCCGAGCUGGCGGGCAAGAAGGAGAUGCCCUGCUUCGUCACCCGCCUCACCCGCCAGGUGUACCCCUUCUCGGAUGUCAGCAGGGCGGAGCCAAGGAAAGAGGAAGCCCGCCAGAGUCUGACCACCACGGCCCUGGUCGCCGCUCCCAGCAGGCCCAGAAAGCGCUCCAUCAGCUGACCGGGCGGGGGGGGUCUGAGUCGGGCGUGGCAGCAACACCCUCAGAGUGAAAAAGAGACGAGGCGCAGAGAGUCCCUGAAUGACUGAAGGAAU